AUGUUUAAACCCUCACUCAUACAAACAAUCUCUUCUCCAGAAACUACGUCCCACAUCUUCAUCAACAAUUCAAAUAAAUUGAUAAUAUCCAAAAAAAAUGGUGAUAUAGACAUCUACUCCAAACAAUCCCACCAUUCUUUUAAAUUCUCCCAAACCUAUUCCAAAUUAUUACAAAACCCGACCCUUUUGCAACAAUGGUACCAUUCCAAUGAACUCUCCAUCAUAAUCGCAAGAUACGACAAUUCAUUGUAUUUUUUCAAUUCCACAAACCUACAACUGUUUGAUACAAUCCAUGAUAAGAGAGGAAUUCAAAAUUGUUGGUUCAUCAAUUGCAACCAUUCUUCUUCCAUCACACACUCCCCCAUUGUCUCAUCCUCCUCCCCCCCCUCCGAUGAUCAAUUCAUCGUAUUCAUUUACUCCAUGAAAUUGAAAGCUCGUCUAAGAUUGAUCAUUUGGCAAAAUAACUCAUACAAAAAAAUGAUCGAAUUAUCAUUAUCCAAUAAUAAAGAAAAAAUCAUAUCCAUCGAUCAUUCAUCACAACUGGGCUUGAUCAUCGUCACAAACAUCUCCAUCUAUUAUUAUUCAUUAACCGAUAACAACACAACUCUAACCAAGAUUAAUACCAUUUGGAAAAAAAAAAUAGAUUCCACUGAUAUGAUCCAAUCGUUACAGAAUUUACAAGAUUUGACAAACGUUGCUUCAAAUACUACUACUCUAGAUAAUCAAUCGUAUCUUUCCAUAGGAAGAUUAUCCAAGAAAUCCUCAAUUACAAAUUUUUGGCAAAGAAGACAUCGUAUCACUAUCCCCAUGGCAAAUCAAUUAACCUCUAGAUUUGUCUUUUCCAAUGGUAAUGAUGUGAUGGUUAUUGAUCCAAUCUCGAAAAACUUGCUUUUUUUAAACCAUGAUGUCACUUUGCCAAGUUUCACAGCAAAAUCACAUUCACAAUUUGUAGAGAGAAAUAAAGAUUUCAAUUCUAUUAAACUUUGUUUUGGUAAUUUCCUUUUACUUUACAACUCUCAAUUCAUUAAAAUUGUAGAUUACAAAUAUGGAUUCAAUUAUGGUAAAUUUAAACUAAAUAAUUCAAAUAUUAAAUCUGUUUCAAUAUUAUCAAAUAAUUUAAUUGCAAUUUAUACUGAAAAUAAUGAUAUUCAAAUCAUUGAACUUAAAUUGGUAGAUUGUAUUAUGACGAACGAUUUAACAAGUGACGAACUUUCCAUCGAUUACGAAGAAGAAGAAGAAGAAGAAGAUAAUGACAAUGACGACGAUGAAGAAUUCAUCAAGCUUUGGAAAAAAGUCAUCUUUUAUACAGAGUUUCUAAACUUAUCAAAUUAUCAUUUAUUUCUACAUAACAACAACAACAAUAGUUCUACCAGUUUCGAGAUUUGUGCUAUAAAACUAAGAGAUUUAACCGUAUUGUGGUGUUUAAACAUUUUUGAUAAAUUACAAUCAUGUUUAAAUGUCAUUCAUAAUCAAGAUUCAGACCCUCAAAUUAUUCAACUACAAAAUAUUAUAUUAAGUUUAAUUUUCGAAAAUUUUAUUAAAUUUUGGGCUCCACCACAAUUAGUCAUCUUAAGAACUUUCCCUUUUAAUAUUUCAAAUUUAGUAAAAUUUUUAACAAACCAAAAUUUUUUCACUCAUAUAAAGAUUUCUAAAAUCUCAAAUCAAUCUUUACCAUUGGAAACUGUUCAAAAAUGGAUCAUACCGUAUUUAACAGAUACUAGAAGACAUUUGAAAACUUUACUCCAAAAGGAUAAAAGUAGCAGAAAUGGUGAUGGUGUAAUAAUUUGGAAUUAUAAUUCUCAUUCUAUUGAACAAUCUAAAGAUUUCUUUAUGAUGGAUGAUCAUGAUGAUGUCUCUUUAGAAAAUCUAUUAAAAUUAAUUGAUACGACACUAUUUUUAAUGUAUUUGAAUUAUAUCCCAUCAAUGGUAAGUACAUUGAUGAGAGUGGAAAAUUCUUGUGAUUUUAAAAUCGUUUAUGAUCAAUUAUUUGAAAGGAAAAUGUUCAAAGAAUUAUUAGAUUUUUAUUAUCAACAUGGUGAACAUGAACAAGCUUUAAAAUUUUUAAUUGGUUUGAAAUCUCAUUUAAAUGAUCAAGAUAAUUAUUCAUCAUCAAAUUUACAAUUCCAAUGGUCUCAAAAUAUUCAAUAUUUAAUUUUAAAUUAUUUAAAACAAUUACCUUUGAGUCUUUUAGAUAUCAUUAUUAAUUAUGCAAAUUGGUUAAUGGAAAAUGUUAAAGAUGAUGCGAAGUCCAAUAUUUUGAAAGAAAUCUUCCUCUUAAGAGCAGAAAAUUUCUCUUAUCAAGAUCAAUUAAAAGUUUAUCAAUAUAUUGAUAAAUUUAAUUCAAAAUUAUCUUUAAAUUUUUUAGAAAUCGUGGGUGCAGAAUCUAAAAUUAUAAAUCCCAAUAUUCAUAUUAAAUUAAUUGAAAGAUAUUUAUUUGAUUUUAAUAAUAAUGAUAAUAAUUCAAUGACAAAAUUGAAAUUAAAUAGUUUCUUAAGAACAAAUAAUAAAUAUAAUCCUGAAACUAUUUUGAAAAUUUUACAAAAUUAUUUAAAUGAGGGGAAAAUUCCAAAAGAUCAAGAAAAUUCAUUCAAAUAUUUAUUAAUUUCUCCUUUACAAAGAUUGGGGAAACAUGAAACUUCGUUGGAUAUCUUAUAUGAUCAAUUAAAUGAUUUUAAAACUUGUUCCAAUUAUUGCCUUCAAAUUUUAAAUUCAAAUUCAAAUUCAAAUAAUGAUAAUAAUGACGAUGACGAUGACGAUGACGAUGACGAUGGCAAUGGUAAUGAUAAAAAUUCUCAAAAUGUUUUAUUAUAUUUUUUUCAAAAAAUUAUUGAUUCUUAUCUUUUAAAUAAUAUAACAACAGAAAUAAUAUUCUUCUUACAAAUACAUGGUAAAAAUAUCGAUACAAUUACACUUUUAGAAUUAAUACCAAAAAACUUUAAAUUAUUUGAUUUAAGUUUGACCUUAUUCAAUUCAAUAAAUAAAACUUCAUUUCAAAAAGAUUAUUCAAAAUUAAAACAAAACUUAUUACAAUUAGAAUUAAUUAAUAUUUCAAAUGAUAUUAAUCAACUCUCUGCAUCGUAUAGCAUAUUGGAUGAAACUUAUUCUUGUCCUGUUUGCAGAAAAAAUUUCCCAAUUUAUACUACUGGUACAAUUUUAUGGUUUAAAAUUGGUCAUCGUAAUGUGGCCACUCAUUAUAAUUGUGGGAAAGUAUUACAAAAUAGAAUUAAUGAGAAGAAAAAAUUGACAACCCAUCAAAAUUUGAAAACUAUUCAAAGUCUUAGAAAUCAAGAUAAUACAGCAUGA